ACUUAAUCUGGGGCGAAAACAUUAAAUAUUACGGUACAGCGGGAACUAUAAACGGCUCAAACGAGCAGAAAUACCAUGUUUCCUUAUCUGGAAGUUGCCCAAGGUCAUUAUUGACCUUGGAAGUUGCCUCAAGUAAUAAUAACUUAAAUCUUCCCACAAUUUAUGAAUAUUCUACAUCAAUGGAUAGAAUUAUACAAAUCUUUUGCUUACCCAACUGUUGUCUGUUGUUCAUUAUCUAUGCGUGGUGAACUAAAAAUAAAAAAAAAAACGAAGAUGCACGAUUCCACCCGAACAAAAAGUUGUCCCAUGUCAGUGAACUUGUAUGCUCGUUGUUAGACUCUAUCAAAAUGAAAUAUUUGUCUUUAGUCUAUAUUUUAUAAACAUAACGAUGGCUGAAGGUGUGUGUGUUGAGGAGGACCCAGUGAAGCCUGAGCCGUUUGAAACAGUGCUCCUGCCCGUGAAGGAAGAGAUUGAGAACUGCAUCAUGGCAGACCAAUCUGACGAUCCUAUGGAUCUCACGGAUCUGCCACUACCUUUAUGGAGUAAUGUACUCACUGAGGCGCAAGACGCUGCAGCAUCCACGUCUGCAACGCCAUUCGCUGAACCACCAACAAUCGCUGCUCCAAAAUCAAAGGCACAGAAACAACGUGAGUACAGACAGAGUCUUGCAGUAUCCAGAAAUGCUGCACAGGCGAUAGCUGCGAGGAAAUUGGAUGCCGAAAGACAGCGCAAAAGCAGACUACGCAAAGCUGCUAUCUUGGCUCUUGCCAGUGGUUCAUUAGAAUCGACUACUGCAUCCUCUUCUCGUUCAGGGGCAAGGUCAGAGGACGUCCAAACUGGUACUCGACGGCUCACACACCAGCAACGUCUAACCUCAGCAGCAGAACCAGCCCAAAUCACUGUUCGACCAGAUACUUCUCCUGAUCAAAUUGAAGCACAACAGGCACAAUCUACCUGGAACGCCAAAUGGGCAUCCUCGAUCAUGAGAUUCAAAUCAACUUUUCUGGACAACGAUUUCGGCCACGCUUGUUCGGUUUGCGACAGACUGUGGUUCAAGAACGACCUCAAACCCAUCACUGCGGCACAGCUGGAGGUGAUCUCGGAAUGGUUUAUCAAAGAAAAUCGACGACUGUGCAGAGAAGAAUAUGAAAUGGUUUGCAACACUUGCAAACGUUCACUGAACAAAAAAUCGAUGCCGCCCCUUGCAAAAGUUAAUGGUUUCUCAUACCCAGACCAACCACCAGGCCUACCACCGCUGGAUCCUAUCAGUGAACGAUUGAUAACGCCACGUCUGCCAUUUAUGCAAGUGCGUCGUCUGCGCCAUGAUUUCUCUUGUGGAAUCAUAGGGCAAGUGAUCAACAUACCAGUAGACGUACAAGAUAUGGUAAAUUAUUUGCCGCGCCAAUUAAAUGAGGACGAUGUCAUUAAUGUUAACAUCAAGCAAAACCUUGCCCACAAAUCGGUCUACAUCAGUGGAUACAUGUCCAAAAGUACAAUCAGUGCGUGGCUAACUGUACUGCAGAAGUCUGCAUUAUAUUGUUUGUACGAAAUCAACGUGGAUUUCUCGAGACUGCAUCCUACUGUGCCGUUUCUCGAUGACAUACAGGAUAAUCCGUCGAACCGUAUAGAAAAUAUCUCCGCUGAAAACACGCCUGAAUCUGAGAUUCUCGCUUCAAGACAACAUACCAUGAUGUGGAACGAAGAAGAUGGUCUCUAUAUUGCACCAGGACAUCGGGCAAAAUAUCUCAACAUCAUUUAUGACCGUCAUGCAGAAGAGUUGUCGUUUCCAUCUAUAUACUUCGGAGAGCCACGCCGAUUCAACAUGGGAGUUUCAGUAUCACCUUACAUGAUAGCGACCAGUGAGAUACGACGUCGUGACAGACGCGGAGCCACGCCUCAAAAAAUCUUGUACGUUGCAUUGAAAAUAUUGCGACUGCGCAUGGUGGAUGGAAUUUACAGCACGUUUCGCAAUGUUUCGGUCACGGAGAAUGUUACGCGACGUAUGUUAGAGGACCCAGAAUUUCUGAAAGAAUAUGUCAUACAAAACCUCGCAUUCAUGAAGACAAUGCCAAACUCCGUCCAAUACUGGGCCUCUUGCAAACGAGACCUCUUUGCAAUAAUUCGUCAACUUGGUAAACCAACCGUCUUCCUCACUAUAAGUGCCAACGAAAUACGCUGGAUGAAACUGCUAACUAUUCUUCUCAAACUGAGCAAAAAAUAUCCUGGAAAAACAGCAAAAGAUCUCAACACUUCUGAGCGCUGUACUUUAGUGAGCGACGAUCCUGUUACGUGCUGCAUAUACUUCUACAGGCUCGUUGGUUCCUUGAUGAAAAUGCUGAAAUCCAAACAGUCUUACAAUCCGUUCGGCAAGUAUUUUGUUAAAGAUUACUUCCUUCGUAUUGAGUUCCAGCAUCAAGGAAGCCCACACGCACACAUUUUAUUGUGGUUGAACGAUGACCCACGUGAGACCGUGUCGGAAAAUAUGCCAAGAACCAUAGAUCUUGUGGAAACAAUAAGUUCGGUUGCUCGAGAUGAUGUGCCAAGCAAUUCUAUCUACGCCAACCAGAUACACAAACAUACUUUCACUUGCACAAAGCGAGGUGAGACAACUUGCAGAUUCGGGAUCCCGUACUGGCCUAUGACCACGACCCGUGUAUUGGUUCCGAUACCUCAAUCUAAUGGACGCCGUCAAAUGCUACAACAGAAGGCCAAGGAGAUGGGUAUCUCUCUCGGUGAACAUCGAUACGCAUGCAUGGAUGAGUUUCUUAAUGCUAAUUGUUUGACUUACGUUUCAUACCUCGACAUUGUGCGUUCAACGUUGCGCAGACCGACUCUGGUGUUCAGACGAAACUUCGACGAACUUAUGACAAACACGUUCAAUCCGUACCUUGCCGGCGAAGUCAACUCUAACAUCGACAUUCAGUUCAUCUUGGAUGAUUACAGCUGCGCAGAGUAUGUCGUAGAGUAUGUAAAUAAAUCAGCCCGUGGAAUGAGUAACCUACAUCGUGAGCUUACCACGAUGAUGCAAGAGCACCCCGACCAGGACUACACAGGCCAAUUGAAAGCUUUAAGUAUCAAGCUGCUUAACGGAGUUGAGAUGUCAGCGCAAGAAGCAGCAUGGUAUCUUCUACGACAACCAAUGAGCGAAACAAGUCGUGAUGUUGUGUACAUCCCAACAGUGUGGCCGACGGAAAGACAGCGCUGCCGCAAACGUCGUCAACAAAUGGACCGUGAAGGCAUCGAUGGAGACAGCACUGAUGUUUGGACCAAAAACAUAAUACAGCGAUAUGAAGAACGACCUGAAUCUUUAGAACAAGUGUAUUUGGCAGAGUUUGCUUCGUGGUAUGCUAACGCUAAUGAUUUCGUUGACGAAGAAGACGACGUGCACGUGGAUGACGAUAAAGAUUCAGAUGGUGUACCUGAAGCGAGGACGUCGAGAGCACCAAAAGAAUAUCGCAGACGACUGCUCGGACGCGUCAUACGAUACAGACGCUACGAUAUUGAUGAAACUGUCGAUUACAAACGAGAGAUGGUUCUACUUUACGUACAGUUUCGCAACGAAGUGUCAGAGAUUGUUGAUCAAAAUAAAUUUUUGCAAUUAUUUGACGACAACAAAGGCUUGAUUAUGGAACGCCGUAGCCUAUUUGAGACUAAUUUAAACAUUGAAAACGUCAUGAAGAAACUUGAAGCGAUGAUGAUUUUCCGAAACAAGGAUAACAGCAAUUUGCAAGAAGAAGAAUCAAGAGCAGCGUUUGUCCAACGGUUGUUAGGAGAAGAUGGAGCCGAGAAAGUCGAUGUUGUUAACCAAAUCGUCCCCCGACAAGGGUUCUCGAUUGUGAAGAAAUGCAGCAAUGUGAUGACAAAACAGCAGUAUUGCGAGCUUGUAAGAACCACCAACCCAGAACAACGGGAGAUCAUUCUUGAGACGAUGGCUGAAGGUGUGUGUGUUGAGGAGGACCCAGUGAAGCCUGAGCCGUUUGAAACAGUGCUCCUGCCCGUCAAGCAGGAGAUUGAGACGAUGGCUGAAGGUGUGUGUGUUGAGGAGGACCCAGUGAAGCCUGAGUCGUUUGAAACAGUGCUCCUGCCUGUGAAGGAAGAGAUUGUGAGUGAAGACGAGGCUGAUGGAGGUGAGACAGCCGAAAGCAGGGUGAAGGUGAAGGAAGAGAUAGACGUCGAAGACUUCCAGGCGAGUGAGCAGCUACAAGAGGCUGCCUCGCUCUCAGAACCGCCUACAAUUACCCAAUGGCUGAUAAACGGGAGUACUUCUUCAGAUCAAAUUGAAGUACCUGACAAGCCUAUGGAUCUCACGGAUCUGCCACUACCUUUAUGGAGUAAUGUACUCACGAAGGCGCAAGACGCUGCCGCAUUCACGUCUGCAAUGCCAUUUGCUAAGCCACCAACAAUCUCUGCCCCAAAAUCAAGUGCACAGAGACAACGUGAGUACAGACAGCGCAUUGCAGCAUCCAGAACUCCUGAACAGUCGACAGCUACGAGGAUAUCAGAGGCCGAAAGAAAACGCAACUACAGGCUACGCAAAGCUUACUUGGCUCUUGCCAGUGGUUCAUUAGAAUCGACUACUGCACCCUCUUCUCUUUCAGCAGGAAGGUUAAACUAUGUCCAAACUGGUACUCAACAACAGCUCACAAACCAACAACGUCAAUCUUUAGCAGCAGAACCAGCACAAACCACUGUAAUACCAGGUACUUCUUCAGAUCGAAUUGAAGUACCUGACAAGCCUAUAGAUCUCACGGAUCUGCCGCUACCUUCGAGGAGUAAUGCACCCGUUGAGACGCAAGAUGCUGCCGCAACAACGUCUGCAACGCCAUUCGCUGAGCCACCAACAAUGGCUGCUCCAAAAUCAAGUGCACAGAGACAACGUGAGUACAGACAGCGCAUUGCAGCAUCCAGAACUCCUGCACCAUCGACAGCUACGAGGAUAUCAGAUACUGAAAGAAAACGCAACUAUAGACUACGCAAAGCUUACAUCGAUCUUGCCAGUGGUUCAUUAGAAUCGACUACUGCAUCCUCUUCUCGUUCAGCAGGAAGGUCAAACGAUGUCCAAAAUAGUACUCAACGACAGCUCACAAACCAACUACGUCAAUCUUUAGCAGCAGAACCAGCACAAACCACUGUACAACCAGUUACUUCUUCAGAUCAAAUUGAAGUACCUGACGAGCCUAUGGAUCUCACGGAUCUGCCGCUACCUUCGAGGAGUAAUGCACCCGUUGAGACGCAAGAUGCUGCCGCAUCAACGUCUGCAACGCAAUUCGCUGAGCCACCAACAAUCGCUGCUCCAAAAUCAAGUGCACAGAGACAACUGUGCGAGGAAAGCAAUGACUUGCCGUACGUAAUGGAAGACAUGACUGAGGAUGGAAAGGACCUGGACACCGUUUGUUUGGGAGAAAAAACUCGACUGGAUCAGUCGUUGAAUCAAAAUAUGUGCCCCAUGUCCGUGGAAAGAAAUAACUUGCCGUACAUGAUGGAAGAAAGGUCUAAGGACGAGAAGGACUCUGAACCUGUUCAUUUGGGGGGUAAGACACAAGGACUGAACGAGUUGUGCCGCAGUGAGUUAGAUAGUAAAACCAAUAAUACGAAACAAAUUAGAUCAUUUUCAUGUUUACAGUGUUCUGCUAAGUUCAAUGAGAGUAGUUUACUUAAGAUACAUAGUAGUAUUCAUACUGGUGAGAAGCCAUUCUCAUGUUCAUUUUGUUCAGCUAAGUUUAGUAGAAAUGAUGAUUUUAAGGUACAUGUGAGAACACACACUGGUGAGAUGCCAUUCUCAUGUUCACAUUGUUCUUCAAAAUUUACUGCAAAGAAACAUUUGACUGCACACCUCAGAAAACACACUGAUGUAAAGCCAUUCUCAUGUUCAUUUUGUUCUACUGCAUUCGUUCAAAAGGCCAAAUUGAAGAGACACCUCAGAACACACACAGGUGAGAAGCCAUUCUCAUGUUCAUUUUGUUCUACUGCAUUCGUUCAAAAGGCCAAUUUGAAGAGACACCUCAGAACACACACAGGUGAGAAGCCAUUCUCAUGUUCAUUUUGUUCUGCUAGAUUCACUGUAAAGAAUUCACUUAAUUAUCAUAUAAGUACACAUACUGGUGAAAAACCAUUCUCAUGUUCCUUCUGUUCGGCUAAAUACUAUACAAAGAAGACACUUGGCAUACACAUACUAUCACACAUUGGUGAAAAGCAAUUCUCAUGUUCUCAUUGUUCUGCUAAAUUCUAUGUUAAAAGUUCAUUAGUAACCCAUAUAAGAUCACAUACUGGUGAGAAGCCAUUUUCAUGUUCAUAUUGUUCUUCUAAAUUUACUCAAAAGUGCCAUUUGAUUGCACACUUAAGAAUACACACUGGUGAAAAGCCAUUUUCAUGUUCUCAAUGUUCUGCUAAGUUCAUUGAAAAUAGUUCACUUAGGAGACACAUAAGAACUCACAAAUGUCAAUAAUCCACUAAUUAUUUGUGAUAGCUAAAUAAAUAUGACCUAGAACUGUCAAUUUGUUAUAUAUGGAAGUAUAAUUAUUUGUAGCAGAAAGUAAAAUGACUUCAAAGACAUUGUGCUUUCAUAGAGAGUACUUUACCAAUAUUAAUGUACUAAACAACUAAACAGCAUGCCUUUUAAACCAACAAAAAUUUUAAUGACAAAUAUAUUUCUUCAAUGAUAUUCACUACACAUGUUUGUUCAGGUCUGCUGCAUUAACUAAGAAGAUUUUUUUUAAAAUUUUACUUUAAAUGUCAGAAAAUAGGUGAGAAGCAAUUCUCAUGUUCAAAAUGUACUGUUAAGUUUACUUUAAAGGGUAGUUUUUAUGCAUACUUCAGAAUACACACAUGUUAGAAGCCAUUCUCAUGUUGUUCUGGUAAUUAUCGUAGAAGGAGUUUGCUUAGUUAUCAUAUAUAAGAUGACACAUGGGUAAAAAACCAUAGUCUUGUACAAGUUGUCAUGAUGGGUUCUGUGGUAAGUUCACAUUGUUCUGUAUACUUUGCUGUGAAAUUUAGUCCAAUUAUGAUACACAGAAUUUAGUUGGUGAGAAUCCAUUUUCAUAUUAGUUUAUGUUUUUGUUUAUUAUUUAAUGUUUGAUAAAAUGAAAUAAUAUUUUGAUAAUAUUAUUCACAUGUUUGUUUUUUAUGCUAGGCUUGUUAUAUAUAUAUAUAUAUAUAUAUAUAUGUGUGUGUGUGUGUGUGUAUAUAUAUAUAACCUUCCAAAGAUGUGAUGUAGUAUUGUCAUUGGGGCAUUGGAAAGAUGGCUCAUAAGAGUAAAUAAUUUUCAGCUUCCUUCACUUAUAUGUACUAGUUAUUGACUUGUAUCUGUAGUAUCCAUACUGAUGAUAAGACUUUGUUACGCUGGGUUCUCCCUAGAAGUGAUAUCUAGAUCAUACUAUCCACCUUGUUUUCAUUCUGCUGGGGUGAAUAAUUUAGCUGAUAAUCAACACAGCAUAACUGGACAGGAAUAAUGAAAGAAAAUAAUUGUACAGGUUGAGCUAUUCAGGUAUCAUUCAUUGUGACCAUUUCAAAAUUUCAGGUGAACAUUUGAAUCUUAAAAAGACAAGUAAGGCAGAGUACAAAUACUAUUUUUGAAGUACAAUUACUCUCAUAUUAGCAGCUGCUUUACUCAAUGUAAUGCUGCCAACAGAAUUAUAUUCAAAUUAAGGUCGCCAUUUUUUCUUUUGGAAUCUUCUUUAUUUAGGCUAUUUAAUACAGUUAACUUAAUGUGUUUUUCUAAAUGAUUCCUAGCAUUUUUUUCUGUUCCGUAUCUUGUUUUAUGUGAGUAAUAUAUGGCCCAUAUUAAAUUACAUUAUUAUUUUGAAAUUCAAUUUAAUUUUCAAGAUAAUUUGUAAGUACUAAACUGCUUUUGACAACAAUAUUUAGUCAUAUGCAUUAUAUUUUCAUAUAUUUAAAUACUAGACAAGAAUUAUAUGAAAUUAAAUUUUAGUGUUAAUGAACGGAACCUUCCGAGCUUUUUUCGUCGAAAAAUCGUUGAUGAUUUCGCUGAAAUACAAUUCCCGGAGUAAAUUGCUUUCAAUGCUCAGGAGAGAAAGCUUCGAUAAAUGGUUUUGUCCCAUCGUGGUUCGGACCUUAUUUUUUAUAAUUUUCAUUUUUGAAAAUGAGCGCUCUCCAGUGCAAUUUGAAACCAUCAAAACCAAAUACAUUCUCAAUGCAAUUUCAAGGUUUGGAAAUGUAGCUCUGAAAUUUUGAUCUGCAAGAAUUUGGUAGUAAAAUAGUUCCGGAGAUUGGUCUUUUCCAUAGUCCUUUUUGUAUGAGUCAAUCAAAGACACAAAUUGAACCAAUUCAUUACCGAGACUAGGCUCUAAAUCAUCCGUAUAAACUUUCACCAAUGCCUCUGCUGCAGCGUGCAAAUUUUCAGCAUCCAUCUUCUCGAUGUGAUUAAGAAAUCCAAAUCUCGAACGUACAGCUUCAUAGGCAUGCAAUCUUUCAGUAAGAGAAACAUAUAGCUGGUCAACCACUGGGAUGGAGGCGGAUACUUUGUAUUUCUCCUUGGGUGACAGAUUUGCAUAUUGUGCUUGCCCAUGCCCGUAAUCGAGUGGAUUAAACCUCACAUUUCUUGUUCUGGUGCGUGAUUGUACGUAUUGGUCAGUAUGAGAUAUUUUUUUGGCUGCUUCCUCGUAUUUAUCAAAAUCGUUUCGUUUGGAUUCCACGAAUGAUUUCAAUGAUUCUAGUGCACGCAUUGCCGAUUCAAGAAUCAUUUUCGGGUCUUGCAACAUCUUGUUUGUAGCGUUGAAUCGCUCCAAGAUGUCGUUCCAAAAGAUUGCAAAGAAAGCGGUUGCGAGACCACUCAUCUUCUGUAAAAGAUGCGUUGCUUCAUUCCUCAUGAUGUCUUUUUUCUCUUUAUCGGAAGAUAUGCUGGUUAGAGCUUCUGCGAUUUCCGAAUAGCCGUCGACUAUUGCUUUCGUAGCUUCAGCUCGACAAGACCAAUGAGUUUCGCUAAGCUUUUUCAACACAUAAAACUGUCUGCUUUUUUUCUUCGAUAAUUUCUCAAUCAGAAUUCGGUAUCAGUCUGUACUUGCUGUGAAAAACGUAUAUAAAUUAUGCACGAAACCAAAGAAUUGAACAGUCGAUGGACAAGAGUUAGCAGCUGCCUUUCCCACUAAAUUGAGAGAAUGACCACAACAAGGUACAAACGCCGAUAAAUGAUUUUUCUCCAAAAUAAGAGCCUGCAUCCCUUUGUAUUGGCCACUUAUGUUUGCAGCAUUGUCAUAUGAUUGGCCGCGGCAAUCCAUGAUGUCUAUUUGAUGGUCACCUAAAAAUUUGAGCAGAGCGUUUGCUGUGGCUUUGCCAGUAUGACCGAAGUUUGGUAAAAAGGUGAGAAAUCUUUCUUUUGGCGUCGAUCCUUCCAUAUAUCGAACAACUAUAGUUAGUUGAUUGAUAUGAGAUUCGUCGGGAGUAGAGUCCACUGAUACAGAAUAAUAUUUGAAUUUUUUUAUCCUGGAUACUAUUUCAGUUAGUACUUUAUCACCCAUAGAACUGAUCAGUUCUUCGCAAAUCGUGGACGAAAGGUAACUGACAUGACCACUCCCUUUGUUUGCAUGCUCUUUCAAAUGGGUUGCCAGGAUUGGUUCAUACUCUGCUAGCAAUUCCAAAAUUCCCAGGAAAUUUCCAUUUCUUGGUGAGCCAACAAUUUCAUUGUCACCUCGAAAGGCUAAUCCGCGUUCAGCAAUGAAUUUGAUGGUACUAACGAUAAUUCUGAAAAUUUUUUGCCAAUACUCGAUUUGUUGUGCCUCUUGCAUCGCUAGCUCUUGAUCGAUGCGUCCAGUGACUUUUCCCCGUUGAACUAAACUCAUUACUGAUUCCAAAUUAAUCUUCGAAAUCUCAUGUUCAUAUAGACGAUCGGAUGCAUGCUUCCAGUCACUGAAGCCUUCUCCACUGAGUUGAGUGUUUUGAGUGGACAUUAAUUUACACGCAUAACAAUAUAUUUUCCCCGUAGUUGGAGAAAAGCAAAGCCAGAAUCGAUUGACGGUCUCUUGAUUUUUAUUACGGCGUGUUAACAUGUUCUUUGUACAUUUUCGAACAAAGUUGGAAUUAUCUCGUGGCUGAUCUUGAUAAACUGAAUUUUGCAGAGAUACUUGAUCACAAUUUUGAAGUUCUGUGGAACCUUUUUUCGCCCAAUAUUAGAUCAUUUCCUUUGUUAUCUUAGCAGGCCAAAGACCUAUAUCAUCUUUGAGACCGCAAAAUUUGGCUUCCUCUUGGAUCUGAUAUUCAGUUAUAGAAAAUUGUUUGGUGUCGCCUGAUGAAACCUCAGCGUCAGGAUGAUCUUGAAUACUAUCGACCACAUCUCCAUCUACUGUUGAAUCUCCUGCUGUUUUUUUAGGAUCUAGAUGGAGUUCUUCUUUAUUUGACGACGUAAAAAAACCAGUCAAUUUGGGUGUUUUAGCUAAAGAUUCUUUGGAUUUCUUGAUACGUUCUGCUUGCAAUUUCCUCUUCUGAGAGCCACUAGCAAAAAACUCGAGGAGUUUUGUGGCGAUCACUCAUGAUUCCGCUAUAAAAGAAAUGUUAAGAAAACGUAAACAUGCGCCUGAAAAAGCCCUUAACCAACAGGAAAAUAGUUGUGUAGGUGAUAGUCGAGGAAAAGAAAAUAUUAGCAGAAACACAAAAAAGAGUUACGAGCAGUGCACAUGGAAGUCGAAAAGAAUAGAGAAGCUGUUAGCUGUGUAUUGAAACCUGUCCAGUUAUGUGCAUGCACUCAAAAAAUAAGAGACAUGAACAGAAGUGAAUUGAGGAAAAUUAUUUCAAAAUUACAUUAGCAAAUGUUACUUUACCUAUUAAAUAUUGCAUGUGAACAUGAUAUUCCAGUUGCCUCAAUGAUUAAAUAAUUAACCCACGCAGAACCAAACAAACGCAUGAUAAAAAAUAAAUAAAUCAUAACCUCUCCGUAACCAUUUUUUAUGUUCUUGUUCUCUGCAUAUAUUUCAUAUAUGUUAUUAUAUGUUAAGGAAAAAAAAACACGUUUCGUAAUUGCACAAUCAAAUACGACAUUCGGUUUAUAUUGUAGAUUACAAGAUAACGAUGAAAAUACUCACGUCCGUAAAAAUUCGAAAGGAUCUACAUUUGUUGCACAAUGUUCGUAAGUUCGUAGCUUCUCAGACGCACGAGAAUGUAUCAAAUUCCGGGAUUCCCUGCUACAAGCACGCCACUCAGUGGACACUUGUCAACGCUACGACGGAUCGUACAGAAAAAAAACAGGGAAACAGGUACCGUCAUAUCUCGUAUCGACACGCAAAUACGGGGAAUAGGCUGAAUAGGCAUUUCAAUAUUUUACUGAUUGCCUGAUUGGAGUGAACAAAUAUAGAUAAAUUAUUUCUGUUAAUAUUUAACAAUAAUAUAAUCAUGUAUGUACAAAGUACUGUAGGUAAAGGUAAAAAAGCGAAAAAAGAGUAUCAACGGAAAAGAUGUUUACUAGUGUUUACUUGUCGAAAUUUAAAAGAUUUUUUUUUCCGAAGUCUCUAUUGUGGGGGGCCCUCGCCCUCGCCCUCGCCCCAGUUGCCCUCCCCUAAAUCCGGCCCUGUCUGUAGUUACUUGUAUUCAAUGAUAAAUGUAAGUCAGUUAAAAAGCUAUACUAAUGAAUAACUCUUUAGAAGUGGGAACAGGAUACCGUUAAUGUACUUAAUUACCAAGCUGUAACCCAAUCAACACACACAUUUCAGAAUCAAACCCCUUUUAAUGGUCACAUUACAGUAAUAAUAAAAGAAAGAAUCACCUUUAUUAAAAUAAUUUAUAUGUAGUUUGAAGAUUAGUUACAAAUUGUUUAAAUAUUGCUGCUUGCUUCAUAUUUCCUCCCCCCUUCCAUAGAAGUGUGGCAACUGACCCCUCUUCACUCCACAUGGAGCACCCUUGCUAAGUACACUUGAUUUAUUUGGAAUGAGUGGCCAAACAAAUGCUCAAACUUAAGUUUAUAAUGAAUGUAGUAAUUGGGGGGAGAGAGUGCUCAAAAUUAAACAUUAUGCCAUCAUAAUUAAAAACCUUCAUGCAAUGAAACGAGUUGAUGGUAUUAGUGGCUCAAAGUGUAGCAGUUUAAGGUAAAUAAAAUGUUGUGUACUGCAUGAAUAUGAUUUGGCGUAGCUAGCUAUUGCUUGUAUGUUCAGCCCAUUAAAGAUAUUUCAGAAUUAAAGUUAAAUAGACAACAACAAUGUAAGUACGUACACUGCAUGUUCAUCAGAUGCCAAGUGUAGGUAAGAACUUAAUUUCAUUUGGAAUGAGCUGGAUUGAAUAGUCCAACAAACUUUAAAAUAAUGUUCUUGUUUUUUUCAAACUAACGUCUAAUAAUUGGCUCAAAACAUUUUCUCCCGUAUUAUAUUUUGAGAAAUUUUAAAGUUUCAAGUCACUGGCUGUAGGAUACUUAUCUGUCUCGUUCAAUGUCUCCUAAAAAGUGUUUUAAAAUAUUUCCAAAUUAUGUAACAGGCUGUGUUUACACAUUAUUGGGUGUGUCGUGAAUACCUCCAUGAUAUUUCACUCAGUUACUGUAUCAUAUAUAAAACUGGAGGCAGCCAUGUAGUCCUGUGGACCGCUAGCUUGUUUCAAGAACCACUCAGCUCUAUAACUGUACAGGGUAGAACACUGUUGUGUGAUUUGCAGUCAGCCAUGUUGGCUGUGAAGUGUAAUGGGAAUAAGAGAUCUGUGUAGUGUAAUUAUUAUAGGCAUAGGAAAGUUUGUAUAUAUUUAUUAGUGUUUUGCAUGCAAUAGUAAAUAUGUGAUGCAAAACUGUUUGUACAAAAUGAAUUAACUUGUGAGACUGUAGUAUGUAUGAAUAUGUUAAGAAAGUUUGUCAAUAAAUUUUUUUAUUAUUCUGUUUGCUAUACGGUGUAAGCUUUUAGAGUCUUGACAAAUUAAAAUUCAAACAUAGAAAUUGUGAAUAAUAUUUUACAACUGUGUUGAAAAACUCUUUAUUGAUUUAUAUUUGAAUUUUUUUUUGUGCGAGAAACACUGUUAUAAAUUAAACUAAUUAUGUCAUGUUAAAAAAAUGUUAGAAAUUAUUUUUUCUUAGAAUGUGUAAACAUUUAAUAAAAAUUAAUUUAAUUUGUUUUAUUAUUAAUCACUUAUUGAAUCAAUUUUGAUCCAUAAAUUCUUACUAUUUAUUUUAUUGUUCUGAAUGUAUCUGUUUUGACCAAUUUAUCAAAAAUAAUUUACCAUAAAAAUGUAGCAUGGAAAUUUUACACCUUUUUGGUUGAGUAAGUUUAACAAAACAUUUUUUUUAUUUAUUUUUUUUUUAUUUUUUAUUUAUUUGUAUUUGUGACAUGCCCACCGACAGCUGAAACACUUUUAUGGUGGGCACGAAAAAAAAAAAAAAAAUACAAAAUACAGAAAACACAAAAAAAAAAAAGCUUAUAACAACACAGAAACACAAAUACAUAAACAAGACAAACAAAGAUAUAUAGAAAUAAGAACAAUAACAACUAGGUCAUUAACAAAAAUAAAAAACAAAUACAAACAUAAUUAAUACAGGUAAAAUCAAAUUAUUAAAUGUAAAGAGAUAUUGAAGGAAAAAUAAUAUAGCUAUGACAGACAUAAAUCAGAAUAUAUAUAAUUAAACACUGUUGGAAUUCAAAUAUAUAUUAUUGUAAUUUGUUAUAAGUCUAUAAAUAAUAUCAUUAUUAGUAAUAAGAGUACACAGAGUAGAGCGUAAGCGGGAAUUGAAUUGAGGAAUUCUUAAGGCAGUAUUUUCAAGAAGAUAAGGGCAUCUGAAUUUAUGAAUGUAACAGUUAUGAACAAAAAGAGCAUCAAGAUAGGCCCUACGGUCUACCAGAGGUGUCCAAAUGGGGCGUGGGAGAUUCCUUGUAAUAAUUAAAUCUAUAACUUUAUUUUGAAUACUUUCGAUUUUUUCAGUAUCUGUUAAGUUGAUACCAUUCCAGAUAACAGAGCCAUAUUCUAAUUUUGAUCUUAUAAGUGCCAUGUAAAGAGAGAUAAGUGAGUCUGAGUUGGUUGCAUAAGAAGUAAUAAAUUUUAUAAGCGCUAGAGUUCUUCGUGCAUAGGAAUAUAAGUAAUCUACAUGUUUAUGGAAAUAUAGUUUUGAAUCAAGGAUGAUACCGAGAUCCUUUGUGUAGUGGGCUUGAGAGAUGAUAGAAUUCGCUAAUUUGUAUGAAUAUUUAAUCGGAUGGUAUUUCCUAGUGAACGAUAUAACCUUGGUUUUAUCUUUUAUAAGAAUAAAAACAAUAUUACCGAAAUCCUUGGUUUUUAAAACUAAAUUGGAAUUAAAAUAAAACCAUAGAGUCUGGUCUGUAGUAAUAGGAACAGAAAAAUAUUUACUGACAAAAGUAGCCAUUGAAGCAAUUUCAGUGUAUUUAUAACAGGUACAGGCCAUUCACUGCAGCUGUUGUUUGACAAAAGACACUUAAGUGUAUUCCAACUGUUGACCAAACUGCUGGUUGUUGGCUGAGAGUUUUACAUUACUGUUGGUCUCCAUUUCAGUUCAGUGUUUCCUGUUUUGUAUCAGGUUACAUUUUACUUUUUACAUUUGGUGUUCCCAUUAAAACAAUAUUGACUUUCGAUAAUCCGGCUUGGCCGUGGUAAUAUUGUGCUGUAUUAAAAGCCUAUUACUGUUAUGUUAUAACGUUUUGUCUCGAGUGCUGUGGGAAAUGUAAUAUCUCUAACUAUUGUAAAUAGAUAUUAUUGUGUGUAUUAGGUUUGAAAGUUGUGUAUCAAAAUAAAAAAUUUGUACACAAAACUAAAAUAAAAAAUUUGUAUAGAAAA